AUGUGCAAACACAUCCUCAACGCUCAGGUCUCCGUCCGGUCGCCAUGCUGCCAAAAAUGGUUCGACUGCGUUGAGUGCCAUGCGGAGCAAGAAAACCACCCCCUGAAGGAGCGGCUCGAGAUGGUCUUCGCCUGCAAGAAGUGCAAGAAGUGCUUCCGCAAGGAUGUCAAGGAGUUCGAGGAAGCAGACGAGUACUGCCCGCACUGUGAUAACCACUUCGUCCUCGACGCCGUAACACCCAAGCCAGAACUCAAGGUCGAGGGCGAGGACGCCAGAGUCGACAGCCGUAUGAUAAGAGACGAGAGACUCGAACAAAAGCGGAAGAAGAUGCUGGAGGAGCUGAUUUUCGACCCGGAUGAAGACGCCGACAAGCUGGGCUAA